UCCGCUUCACUUGACGCAGCGCUCCAGCGUUUGGCUCGCAGAAGUCUGAGUCAAACACCACCAAACUGUCCAAAAGUGGAUCAGAACUGCGCUUUGGUGUUUUUGAGACAGCAACCCAACCUCGUUACGAUGACGUUCACAAACACCUCCGUGGAUUUAUUCUCGCAGUUUUAUAUCUUGCAGAAUUUCUCCAUGUAUUUUAAUUUCUCUUUGGACGCGAUGUACGACAGAGGAGCGAAUUACGAGUCUGAAUCCCACAGACCGACCAUCAGAGCGCUGCUCGUCGUCGCAUAUUCCGUUAUUAUCAUCAUCUCGCUGUUCGGAAACGUGGUGGUUUGUCACGUUGUUAUUAAGAAUAAACGGAUGCACUCAGUGACAAGUUUGUUCAUCAUGAAUUUAGCCAUUGCUGACAUUCUUAUAACUCUCCUCAACACGCCUUUUACUCUGGUUCGGUUUGUUUACAGUACAUGGGUGUUUGGGAAGUCGAUGUGCCAUGUGAGCCGCUUUGCACAAUAUUGUUCUGUUCAUGUCUCUGUUCUUACACUGGUUGCUAUUGCUAUUGAUAGACACCAGGUGGUGAUGCAUCCAAUGAAACAGAGGAUGUCUCGGCUUCAGGGCAUGGCCUGGAUUGGUGUAAUCUGGGUCAUGGGGUCCUGCUUCUCUCUACCUCAUGCCAUCUACCAGAAACUGCUACGCUUUGAAUUCAUCAAUAACAGAGUAAGGAUGGUGUGUCUACCCAGCUUUCCUCAUCCCUCCGAUCUCUUCUGGAAGUAUCUGGAUCUUGCCACGUUCGUCCUGCUCUAUGUAUUGCCUUUAGCCAUUAUCUCCUUAUCGUACCUUGUGGUGGCCAAGAAGGUCUGGUUCCGGAACGCUGUCGGUGAUGUCACGCUGGCUCAGUCGGCCGCUCAUCGCAGAAGGAAGAAGACGACUUUGAAAAUGCUAAUCGCAGUGGUGGCCGUGUUUGCAGUCUGCUGGUUUCCUCUAAACUGUUACGUUGUGCUGCUGUCAAGUAAAGUGAUCCAGGCUAACAAUGCCCUGUACUUCACCUUUCACUGGCUGGCCAUGAGCUCUACCUGCUACAAUCCCUUUAUAUAUUGCUGGCUCAAUCACAGCUUCCGUGCGGAACUCAGAGCCCUGCCUCUAAUUGGCCGUAUAGCUAAGGGCAAUGCCAUCCAGCAAUCCUAAGGAAGCACCCAAGAUUUUGCCGUUCUGAUUUUUAUUUUAAUAUUCCAUUGCUUUUAUAAAAGCAUAUUCACACAUGAAAGCACUGUAGUGGAUCAUCCCUCUAAUCCUGGUGGUUUCUCAUUUUCAUCCUACCCACGGCUCACAUUUAGUCCUCUCCAUCUUAGUGAAAAUGACACCUAAACCCAUGGAAGAGAUGACAAAAAUAAGGAAGGGAUAAGAUGUUUUUCAAGGAAAAACAAUUCCCUUGUGGAACACACUAUGACUUUUAAAAUCUGAACACACAUGAAAACACUAGGCAUCAUACACGACCAGACUUUCAAGUCGUUCUGAACACAAAAAAAAAACCUCAUUUAUAAAUAUGCUCUUUUUUGUUUGGAGAGGCAUGACAAAUGAAAACAACGUGUGUUCUAAAAUCAGCUCAGAAUAUCAAACUUGUUUGAUACUUGGAAUCAUAGUCUGAAGCUAAAAUAAUUUAAAAAAUAAUAAUAAUCUGUGCCUGUCAUAAACUAAGAAUUUCCUGUGAAAUCUGUCAAAUCCGACUGCCCAAAAACAGCAGAUCGACUAUGACUUCCAGCAGCAAGCUCUGACUCAUCCAAAUUGUAAACUGGGGCAAAAACUGUAGUGUAUUCCUGCCUUUAAAGUGGCUUUUCAACAGCACCAAAUCACAAACAAAAUCACAUAAAAAUCAGCAAAUACAGAUGUUUAUUUUGAUUUCAGGUUGGAAACUACUGAAUGAGAUUUUUGGGCUAAUUAAUUAUAUUUAAGCUAUUAAGCUACUAUUUAAAGGGGUGGUUUACUGUUUUUUCUAGGCUUGAUUGUGUUUAUGGGGUGCAGUCUAACAUGUGUUCAUACUUCAUUUUUUAAAAAACGCAUUAUUUUUCAUAUAAUUUACCUUUCUUCCACACGGCUCUGUCCCUUCUCUGACAAACGCCUCGAUUACUUCCUGUUUUCAUGAAGCCCCUCCCUCAGAAAUACGUGAUGGGCUCUGAUUGGUUAGCUGGCUCAGUGUGUUGUGAUUCACUAAACCGCCGAGCGUGUGUCUAAAUGUCCCACCCCUCAGCUCAGCGGCAUGUGCUCCGGUUGUAUUGUAAACAAUGGCUUUGUCUAUGUUGCUUAUCAAUUUGAGCCUGAUUGAGACGCAGAGGAUAUUAGUGAAGAGGAUCGCGCAGAACCUGUGCAAGCACAGCUCUUAAUGGUAUGUUUGUUUGUUGUCUCAUACAUUUAGAGACACUGUUGUCAUGCUACUGCUUAUGUUAGCUUUUAAUAUACGUUUUUAUUCUGAUUAAAGUUUUAAUACAGUACGGCAACCGCACACACGUCCAUGUAUAACGCUUCUCAUUGCUAUGUGAAAAUAUAUAAUUGGAACAGUUUGUUGGAGCUGAUCUGACGAUCUGAAUGAGGAGGGAGAGAGAGAGAGAGAGAUGCAGAGCAGGCGAGGAACAGUAUUAAGAACGGCUGUUUUAGAACAUUAAUUUUGAAACUUGUGAAUCCAUUAGAAUCGUUAGAAGACAGAAUCGCGAUUGAUAUAUGAAUAGAUUUUUAGGUGCACCCGUAGUUUUCUCUUCCUCUUCUCUAAAGCAGCACAGCAUGGCCUCGCCCCCUUCCUUACAUGUUCCCGAGGGCGGGGUUUAUCUGGGUCAGUGACUUAUCAGACCCCGGAAGUAGUUCGUUGUAGUUCCUUACCAGCCGUUUUUGUAGGCGUUAAACUUCCAGAAUUUUAAAAGACAAUAUCUCUGUUUGCGUUGAACUUUCAGCGCUGCAACUUUUCAGAUGUUGUUUAUGCUCAAACAGCAACAUUACACACUAACAUUAAAAAAAGUGAAAUUGCAAUAAACCACCCCUUUAAUUGAGAUUGAGUGAAUACUAUUUAAUUGUAUUCACAUUUUGACAGCUUCUGUUGCACUAGAAUAACUUCAUAUCAGGGUCUUAUUUGUUUUAUUUAUAAAUGUGUUUUUCUGACACAUUAGACAUAUUUAAUUCACUUAUCUCCAUGCAUGAGUAACUCUCAGGCAGAUAAAUGUGGAUAUUGUUACAGUCUAUAAAUAAUGUUUACAGUAUUUUUAGAUGCCAAUGGUGAAAAAUAUAGAUAUAGCGAAAUGAAUUGCGGUUUCAUGCAAUUGUAUCCCUCUGAAUAUUUUCUUUUGAUAUUAAGUCCUAUUCUGAGCUUGAAAUGUAUUAUAUACAAAGCUUCAGAUGCUUAUGAUGAUUUUAACAGCGACUACAGUAUGCUCUCUUCUGGACCAACCAAUCUGGGCUCUUUUGUAUAUACUGCUACCAGUUCUAGUAUAGAUUAUUAAAUGUUUGGGUGGCCAGGUCUCAGGUUUGAGCUUAUGUUCAUUCUUGCACCAAUCCAAGUAGGUAUCCAACUCCCACACAUAAUAACUGUGAUUUUUGACCACUAGCCUUUAUCUGACAGUGCUAAUUAUUGUUAUUGUUUUUUUUGCAGAUUGUAACAUGCAAUGGACCAAGACUUGAAACUGUGCAAAAACCAUUUCUGUGGCUCUACUUAUGUGCAUAUAGUAUGCAAAGAAUAAAGCAGCCCUGAAUGAACAAAACCUAUAUAUCAAAUUCAUCUACUUGGACCAGGUGUUAAUGUACUGUACUAUACUAAUACGAUGCAGCUAAUGGAGUUAGUCAUCGGAAGGUAACUGGCUCGAUUACCACAGAUAUUGUGCCCUUGAGCAAGGCACUGCUCCAGGGGAUGGUCCCUAUAAUGUGCAAUUUAAGUUGCCUUGGCUAAAAUUGCCUGCUAAAUUGCUACUUGCUUACUAAUAGCACAGGCAGCCAUCUGGGGCAAAAUGACUACUUGCUUUUUUAUUAAUUGCAGUAACAUUCCACUUUGGAUAAAAUUAAUGAUUUGCACAUGGUGUGAUACGAUUGUACUACCUUAUACCAACUACCUUUGUGUCAGAAGUGUAGUUUUCUGAUUACUACAUUUCUUAAAUGAUGUACUCUAGUACUUUUCUUAACUGAUUGUAGUACUUGUUAAGGCUCUGUUCAACAGUUCUACAGGAUCGUCCUUUAUCUCUCAUGCAUUUUUUAAAAUGCAAGUGUUGUGCAUUGUGCAUGACAUCAGUUUACGGCAGUUUCUGUUAUGAAUUUGUAAAGGAUCUUACAGAUUCCUUUCUAAAUCCCAAAAUAUCUGAUAUUUGCAGUAAUUACCUCAGCGACAGCACCAAUUAUGUGGUGCCUUAGUAACACAAGCCAUGAUUUCAGUAGAGAUGCAUUGAGUCUGUGGGGUUUUUGUCGAAGUAUGAGAAGAAUAAGAACUAAUCAGCUAUUAACAUAUUAAAAUAAAGAAAAUAAAACUGCUAUUACCUUUCCAUAAUUUGAAAAUCUAUUGCAUUUUUCAGAGUACAAAAUGAAAUAUUAUACAUAAGUAGUACAUGUUUUAAAUAGCUUCAAGCAACAUGUUGUAGCACAAAUGCUAAUAUCCAAAUGGACAGGUAACCAAAUAUCAAGGCUGGCCGUAAAUUCAGGUUAUUUACUGUGAUGCUGAAAGACUCAAAGGCAAGUUAAAGAUGGUGGAGAAUGACCUCAUCCAAACCCUUAUACAUUCAUACAUAUCAAAAUAUAAAUAAAAAGAUGGCAUGAUAAGGAAAACAUUACAGUUUGGUUGGAUGAAUUUAAUCAGCCACUAUUGUGUGUCAAAAGAGUAUUAUAUACUGUAUAUACUAAAUGUGAUGUUUUAUGUAAUUGUGACAGAUGCAGUGCUCUGGGAAACGUUUGUAAUAAAACAGCAUUCACAUGCUUUCAUCUAUUGACAUCCGUCAGUCAAUCUAAAAAUACACCAAAAGCACACUUGGCCCGAAUGAGAUUUGUCAAGCCUGUUAAGUUGUGCCAUUGUGAAGCCAGACAUCAUGCCAUUGGACUGACUGAGCUAACACAGAGGCUACUUCUGCUGUAUUGCAUAAUCCUUAUAGGAUACUGUUGCCCAGUGGGAAGGUAUUUUGCUUUGAACUACCGCAAAAAGAGGAUUUUACAUAUGCCAUUGAAUAGAAGAACCAAAUGUAUUGUUGCACAGUUAUUUUGAUGUGUUAAAUCCCUCUAUGUUGCUAUUUGAUCUUGUGUGACGUCUGUGCAUGUGUGUGGGACGGUGUUUGCCCACGGCACGCAGUGUGUAAACAUCUAUUCUGCGAGAAUGAAUUCACAAUUUGAUUUCCCAGUUGCAGUGGGAAUUAUUUGCAGCUUUAAGUGUUUUGUGAUUUCUAUAGUUGUGAAGCUGUUACUGGUCUUAAAUGAAACGAUAAAGGUUGCGCUCAUGUAUGAGGUGAUCCUAAAAAUGUCAGUCUUGUGCCUGUUUCCUCUGUGCCUGUCAAUUCAAUGUUAUAUAUGUCUUUGAAAGAUGAUAAAUGAAUUUGAAUUUUUUUUUUUUUGUCAAACAUUGUAUAUUUUGAUGUGUGUCCUAUUGAUGAUUUAUCAGCAUUAUUUGCAUGUAUUAAUUAAAAAGACAAACAAGUAUAGGAUGUGUAGCAGCAGCCCAAAUAUUUUAAAUGGAUAACCAACUGUAUUAGAUAUUGCAAUUUUUUUUUUAAUCAUUAUGACAAAAAGCCUGCAUUUUUGUGUGGUUGUAAUUUAAAUAAAUUAUUAAAAACUUUUA